UUAAAAGCAAUUCGUUGCAUUACCGUGGACAUCAGUUUCAUACAGUGAGUUGACGAAGCAAGUGUGAUCCAGGUGCCGAGAUCCUAAAUUAGUGAUUUUUAUCAGUGAUAAGUGAUUCUGGUUGAAAGAAAUGGCUUUGGAGCGUCAAGUUCGUGCUAAGAUUGCCGGAAAGCGUGAUUUAGAAAAGGAUAAAGAGGCACAGUACUGGAUCGAAGAAGUCAUGCAGGAAAAAUUCCCUGUCGGCGUUCUGUAUGAAGAUGCCCUGCGGGAUGGUUUCAUCCUGUGCAAACUGAUCAACAAACUGGCACCGGGAUCGGUGUCCAAAAUCAACACCUCUGGUGCGCAGUUUAAAAUGAUGGAAAACAUCAACAUGUUCCAGCAGGCGAUCAAAAAGUACGGUGUUCCUGAUCUUGAUGUUUUCCAGACAGUAGACCUGUACGAAAAGAAGGACAUUGCUCAGGUUACCAGUACAAUUUUUGCGCUUGCACGAGCGUGUUACAAACAUCCAGAAUUCACCGGUCCUUAUCUGGGACCCAAGCCAGCGGACGAAUGUAAACGCAACUUCACCGAGGAACAACUGAACGCUGGCCAAAGCAUCAUCGGACUGCAAGCUGGAACGAACAAGGGAGCAACCCAGGCCGGCCAAAACAUCGGCGCCGGUCGUAAAAUCAUUCUUGGAAAGUAGACACGUUUUCGCAUUGGUGUUUUUUUUUUGUAUUAAUUUUUCUAUUGGUCGAUUAUUGCUUGCGCAUAUCACACGGAAGAAACAAUAUUGAUAGAAAGAGACUUCCCACUGCGUUAUGGAACGUAUCCAGAUGCAGCAUGAAUGUAUUAAUUUUAAAUCUCAAGUAAACAGUUUUAAAUUUGUUUCGUAUGAUCAUGUACGAUCACAGUACCUACACGUAUUUUGUAAGUUGAUAGAGAUGUUGCGUAUUACACAAAGUAUGGAUUUGGAAAAAUGAACUAUUUAUAUAAAACAAACAAAUAGAAACAGAA